AUGUCUAAGAAGAUCAUCACAGUCUUCGGUGCUACAGGCAACCAGGGCGGCAGCACCGUGUCCGCUAUACUGAACAACCCCAGUCUAUCGUCCAAAUACAAGAUCCGAGCCAUUACUCGCGACCCGUCCAAGCCCGGGGCUCGAGCACUGGCGUCCAAAGGCGCUGAGCUAGCCAAGGCAGACUUGAACGACAUCGGCAGCGUCAAAUCCGCCAUCGCCGGCUCUUACGGUGUCUUCGCAGUAACCAACUAUUGGGAAACGACUUCCAAGAGCGGAGAAUUCCAACAAGGCAAGAACAUUGUUGAUGCAUGCAAGGACCAAGGCAUCAAACACCUUGUAUGGUCAUCCCUGCCUAACGUCACCAAGAUGACGAGCGGCCACCUGACCAAGGUCGAACAUUUCGACUCCAAAGCCGGAGUGGCCGAGUACGCGGAACAGGUCAAAGGAGACCUGAUCGUCUCGUAUUUCAUGCCUGCCUACUUCAUGUCUAACCUACCCGGCCAAAUCAGGGUGGAUCCAGAGACUGGCUUCCCGACCCUGAGCAUGCCAUGGAACCCUACAACCACGUGGCUGCCUAUGAUCGAUAUCCGGAGUGACACCGGCCUGUACACUGCCGGGCUCUUCGAGGCUGGGUCGGAGGCCAACGGUGUCCAUGUGCAGGGUGUCAGUGAAUGGGUUCAUCCGCAGCAGAUCACGGAUAUAUUGUGCCAGAUCACGGGUGACGAAGUCUGCUUUGUCGAAGAGCCCGCCAGUAUCGAGGAUGCGGCGCGGAUGGGUAAUCGGAUUGCCGAGGAGCUGACUCAGAAUAUGAUCCUGAUCAGGGACUACAGCUACUUCGGCAAGGGGACAGACAAGAAGCAGGCUGAAAGUGACAGAUUCUUGGUGCCUGCGGCCAAAAAGAGUACAUGGAAGGACUUUGCAGAGAAGGUGCAGUGGCAAUGGUAG